AUGGCUAAAUCUGUUACCUUCUCUUCUUCUGCAUCAAACCUUUCAUCUCAUCCUUCUUUCACUUCUCUUGCUUCAUUCAAUUCUCUUACUGCUUCACCACUCAACCAACCUUUUACCCAGUCCAUGAUGGAGGAAGCCUUAGAGGCUGCAGAGUCAAUCAUCAAGAAAUGGGAUCCAAACUCACAGUCCUACACAAAGAUCAUCUCUCUGUUCAGACACAACAGAAAAGAAGCCAAAGAAUUCAUCAGAUGCGUCCGUGACUUACGCAGAGCCAUGCACUUUCUUGUCUCUCAAGACUCAAAAUCCGACAAGCUUGUCCUUGCACAGAACCUGAUGCAGAUUGGUAUGUCCACGCUGGAGAAAGAGUUCUUCCAGAUACUGUCUUCAAACCGAGACCAUCUUGAUCCUGAUUCAGCCUCUGGUCAGUCCACAGUAUCUAGCAAUUCGGAGUUCGAAGUUUUUAUGGAAUAUGAUGAUGAUGAUGAAGAUGAUGAUGAGCUGAAGAAGGCUGGUGAAUCCAUCUCUCAGGUGGAGAAAGCCUCAGCUCUUGUGAUGUCAGACUUAAGAGUCAUAGCAGAGACCAUGAUCAGUUGUGGUUAUGGUAAAGAGUGCAUAAAAAGUUACAAGUUGAUCAGAAAGUCUAUUGUUGAUGAAGGGCUACACUUGCUUGGGAUUGAGAAAGUCAAGUCCUCUCAGUUUCACAAAAUGGAAUGGGGAGUCCUUGAGCAUAUGAUCAAGAACUGGAUCAAAGCUGCAAAGAUUGGAGUCACAACACUCUUACGAGGAGAGAAGCUUCUCUGUGAUCAUGUCUUCUCUUCAUCCAUCACAAUAGGUCAGUCUUGCUUUAAUCAGAUUGCAAAGGACGCAGGACUCAAUCUCUUCAUGUUACCGGAGAUAGUAGCCAACAAGGAGAAGAAACAUCACCACCAUGAGAGGAUCUUCAAGCUGAUGGAUCUCUAUGCAUCUAUCUCUGACCUUUGGCCAGAUAUAGAACUCAUAUUCGACUAUGAUUCAUUAGCUUCUGUGAAAACUCUUGUCCUCUCAACGCUCAAGAAACUCAAGGACUCUAUCCACACGUGUCUCAAGGAGUUCGAGACAACAAUACAUAAAGAUUCUUCUAAAGAAGUUACUCUUGAAGGAGGUGUUCACAAGAUGACUCGGACAACGAUGAGUUUCAUAUCAUCGUUGUCUGAAUACAGCCGUGUCUUGUCUGAGAUCCUUGCAGCGCAUCCUCUUAAGACAAACACACGCUUGCUAGAAUCUUACUUCACGGCUCCUAUCUUAGAAGAUGAACAUGUCAACAACCACGCCUGCUCGGUCCAUCUAGCUUGGCUCAUACUUAUUUUCCUAUGUAAGCUAGACACCAAAGCAGAGUUUUACAAGGAUGUGUCUCUCUCUUACAUCUUCCUUGUGAACAACCUUCAUUUCGUGGUUGAUACCGUUCGUUCCACACACCUCAAGAACCUCUUAGGAGACGAUUGGCUCACCAAGCACGAGGCAAAACUCAAAAGCUACGCUGCAAAAUACGAGUUAGCUGCUUGGAACAAUGUUUUGGUAUCUUUACCGGAGAAAACAAGUGGCAAGCUAUCACCAGAAGAGGCUACAACAUGUUUCAAGAGGUUUCACGCAGCAUUCGCAGGAGCAUACUUGAAACAAUCAUCAUGUGUCAUAGAGGAUGCUAAGCUUAGGGAUGAGCUUAAGGUUUCCAUAGCAAGGAAACUUGUGCCGGAGUAUAGAGAGUUUUAUGAGAAGUACUUGCCAUUGCUGAGACAGGACAAAAACAUAGAGAUGUUGGUGAGUUUUAAGCCUGAUAACUUGGAGAAUUAUCUAUCAGAUCUUUUCCAUGGAACACCAAUACUCAGUGGCUCUUCUCAUUCUGCUUCUUCUUCUUUGUCUUCUACUACAUCUUGUUUCUCAAUUAGAUGUGUAAAACACUAAAACCACG